AUGGCAGGGAAUAAAUCACGAAUCGCGAAGAGGUCUCUCAAUGCAGCAUCUAUUCAAGUAUACAAUCCCUACUCACCUCAUUCUGGCACAGGUGCACUCGGUGUCGCAGGCAUAAGAUUAAGAGUACAGGAUUGUGACCAUGCCAGGAUUGCAACAAACGAAGACUGGCUUAUGUUUUUGAUGAUCGAGAUAAAAAGUUUUUUGUAA